CUUUCUUCGCUGCUUCAUCAGAAACCACCAAUUCCUCCGAUACGUUAUUUCUCUUGGGUAACAGUGCUGGGAAAUCGUUUUGGGGUUCUUUUUCGCCAUUUGAGUGUCGUUGGUCGUUGGGGUUGCAGUGGAGGCCUUCGUUAUCGGUGUGAGUGUGGUGGUCAUUGGCUGUUGUCAUUGUUGGUGUGUUGGGCUUGCGAAAUGACGACUUCUUCGACGAGGGUAAGGGCAUUGUACUGUGGGUGUCGUUGUUUAUGGUGUGGUGUAUGGAUUUUGGGUUUUGUAUGUAUUUUAUGAUUUAGGGUUUUUAAGUUUGGGUUUUUGCAAUAUGUGUGCAGUUGACGGUUCGUCACUCAGUUUCGACAAAAUUCAUCUCUAGUUUGAACAAACGUUUGAGUAAGGAGCAACGUUCAUUGAUUGCCGGGACUCCGUUUGGGUGGUUUUUAGAUUUGAUUGGUAAUGUUAAAGUUGGUAGGAAAAUGUUGAGUGAGUUAGUGUUUAAAUGGGUGGAUUCAAGCAGUGGUUUCUUAAUUGCAGACAAAGUUGUGCCUAUGAAUGAGAAAGAUUUUUGUUUAGGUUUGGGUUUGAGUUUAGAUAGGAAAGAGAUAGAUUUAAAGCUAGAAAUGGGAUGUAGUAGAUGUGUGAAAUACAUUGGCAAUAAAACAAGAAAUUUGACUUUGCUAUACAAAUGUUUGAUGAAGAAAGGAAAAAGCAUUCCUUGUGCUCCUUUUUGUAGCUUGUACAUAUUGGUUGAUAUUUGUGAGAUAUUAAUUCCACAGCGUAAUGGAAAAGUGUUUCCCAUAUUAUUUGAAAUUGUUGAUAAUUUAAAUGAUUUGGGAAAAUAUUGCUGGGCUAGUUUAGUGUAUAGAUGUUUGGUACGUGGUUUGAACAAAGCUUCAGAUGCAUUGAAGAAAGGAAAAGUCACAACGAACGUUUAUGUCGAUGGUUGCAUUUACAUGUUGCAAGUUUGGUUUUUUGAGAAAUUGAUUCCUCCCAAAGGUGCUAUAGAAAAAAAUCCAAGAAUAUUGCAUUGGAUGAAUUUGAAAUUGGGAGAGAACCUAGUUAAUGUUGAUGUUGAUGUUGAUGUUGAUGUUGGUACAAUGAAGGAUGAGAAAGACUUCAAGGAUCAAGCAAGAGNAAAAAAUAAAGAUGAAAAGGCAUCAACAAAGAAGGAACUUAAGAAAAAUCGCAGAGAGCAGUUUUUGGAAAGUUUACACGAGCAACAAAGUCUUGUUGCAGAACUUAAAAGGAGGGUUAAUCUGUUGGAGGAAGAGGUGGCAUUCGAGAAACAUAGACGAAGAAGACCAUAG